AUGGCCAUAUGGAUAUGGCAUCCCGAAUGGACAGAGCACUCGAAAGACACAGCUGGGGCAUUUGUUCACUUUCGCAAGACAAUAACCCUGACGGAGAGAAUUUCAACACCAGUAAACAUCCACAUUACCGCUGACACAAAAUAUAAGCUCUAUAUAAAUUCUGAGUUUGUAUCGGUCGGUCCCGUCAAAGGGGACCGGCAUCUCUGGUUUUACGACGAGCUGGAUAUCCAACCGUACUUGAGAUUGGGAGUCAAUACUAUCAACGUGAGGGUCCUAAGAUUGUACCAUGCCACGACACACGCAACCAGCUUUCCACGACUCCACGUGCCUGGUCUCCUCAUCCGCAACGCCCGCUUGGAUCACGAGCUAGCCAUCAAUAUCCAGACUGAUGAAAGCUGGGAAACUGCCCUUGAUGAAUCAACCACGCUACCCACAGACAUUUUAGAAGACGCAUUCCUACAUGUCUACGAGAAAGUCGGUCAAUGUUUGUCGCAACCAAAAUGGAUACCAGCCAAACCUUUGGUCUUUCCUACCUCCCAUGGUCUUUCGGCCCCAUGGAAACUUUCUCCCCGUCUGAUUCCAUUUCCUCAAUAUGAAUCAGCCGCACUCAAGGCGAUUUACAACAUCGAAAGCAGCCAGUCCCGAGUGGAGUGGGAAAACGCUUUGCUCGGUCCCGAUAACACAAAUUCUGAGGGAAUCUGUCUUCCAGCUGGAAGUAGGCAUCACUUAGAGCUCGAAGUUGAGAACCAUAUGACUGCAUUGCUUUACUUCCGGUUUAAAUGGCCUGAACAUACCGGUAGUACCAUGCAGGUGACCUACUCCGAGUGCUAUGAAGACCUACCCGACACUGUCCCCUGGAUCAGAAACAAAGGCGACCGCUGUGACACUAGUAAGAACCUCGUCGGGCCAAAAGACGAGUAUAUUAUUGCAGGGAUCGCCGAUAAAAGUUUCAGGAGCACACUGAACUACAACCCAAACACUUCUGAUGAGGACGUCUUUGCGCCAUNAGACGAGUAUAUUAUUCCUGGGAUUACCGAUAAAAACCCGAGGAACGCACUGAGCUACAACCCAAACAGUUCUGAUGAGGACGUCUUUGCGCCGNACUUCUGA